GUUUCGGAUGUCGCAAAGAAGUCGGGUACAAAAGGCAAUGGCUAGAGGAAAAACGGCACAAGUUGUGACCUUUCAAAGCAGGCGGAUCCCUCGACGACCUUUCUUCUUAGCACUUUAUUCUACUAUGAAUUCCAUUCCUGUCCUACUAGUACUACUUGGAGCGCUGACAGAAACAGUCUUAAGCGUACCGGCAAGAAACGACGACAUCGUCUACACAACCAUAGACUGCCCCCCCGGAAUCUGGGUAUGCAAGAAACGCAGGAGUGAGAUCGCGCAGCCAGUCAGGAGGGAGCCGAGGGUGGACUGUCCACCAGGAGUGUGGACAUGUCAAAAGAAACGAGAGGAAAUCGCCCAGCAAGCAGAAGCCGCUAGCGGUCAAACAGGGGAAAGUGACGACAUCAACUUGUGUCCGCCCGGAAUCUGGGUCUGUGACAGGAAGAGAGAGUUGAAACGACUGAGAGAGCAAAGAGCGAAGGCUGUACCUAACAAACCCGCAAAGAGAAUUAACAUGUGCCCACCCGGCAUCUGGGUCUGCGACUAGAGCGAGGAAUAAGGAAUGGAUUGAUUAUUGAAGAGGAAAAUAAAAAACCUGGAUGUGGACUAAAGUGGUGCAAGAUAUAUUUCCUUAGAAAUAGAGAUCGCAUUGUUAUUAUAUACACGAUAACAAAUAAGCUAAUUUCAAGUAGUGUCAUAGUUCUAGCUAUUUUCGAAAUUUAUUUUUCAUGGGAUUCUGAAUAAUGGGUAAUAAGAUCUCUAACCCAGCUUGCGCAUAAUCGAUUGAAAAGGCAUUUGCUUAUUACACUGUAUCUUCAUCUGAGGGACAUUGCAAUAAAAUGAAUUUCAGCAAGA